AUGCUGCGCCUGUUGUGGCUGACGGCCCUGUCGUCAUACAUACUCCUCCCCUCGGCGUGUACCGAGAGUAAAUUUGCAUGCGCCUCCGUGUGCCGGCACUCUGGCGGCUGCUUGGGGAUUGCCGGGUUCCGCUCUCCCUCGCACGCUCCCGCUGCUUUUACCACCCCCACUCCUCCCCCUGCCUGCACGCAUAUGUUGCCAGUGUGCGGAUCUCCGUUGAUAGCUGCAGGACCCGUCACUAUAGCCACACAAGCCGGAUCGGAAAUGGGCUACACGCGUGAGCGCACCCACCGCCACUUCUUUGUCGCGCGGGCCAACGCCUUCUUUUCACGGCUUCCCAUCGCCCGUAUUCAGCGCUCGCUGGCCAUGGAGGCCAUCAAGCAGGGCCGCAUGCGGCCGUGGAAGCACACCAAGGAGCAGAUCCUUGGUGCCCCCAUAACGUGCAACUUUGACUACAAUCCGCGCCCCGUGCGCCUCAUUGGGACGGUGAUGGACGCCCACACGGAAGAGACAAGCAUCAAGGGGGGGCUGAAGGUCUACGCGCGCAACGAGGAGACGAACAUGAUGUUGUGGAUCCCCGCGGGAAACCCAAAGCUCAGGUACGAGGUGACCGCAACCAAGGGGAGCUUUCAACACUACCUGGAUGAACGCGAUAAGUGGGACGAGGCGUGGCUGACGGGCCGCGCAAGGAUGAAGUAG